AUGCUACAGAGGAGGCAGCGGAACUGGUGCUUUUGUGUCCUGGCGGGGGUCCUGGUCUCCAUCUUCCUGUACUCCGCCCACCACAGCCUGCAGGUCCAGCAGGGGCCUCCUCCCCCCCUUUGGACAACCCUCCUCCCCCACCGCCAGUCUGUCAACUUGAGCGACGGCACCAUCACCUUCCACCUCAACUUGAGCUGCCACGAAGCCGAGUUCCCCCACCUGCAGCACCCCUCCUGCCACCCGGUGAUUGCCGAGGCCGGCUUGUGCCAGCGGGCACAAGGGGCCCCAUUGUUCCUCGUGGGAGUAAAAUCCCACCCUGCCUCCAGCAGCAGAAGGGCUGCCUUGCGACGCACCUGGGCCCGGCCGGGGGAGGUGGGGGGCUAUUGGCUGCAGCCCCUUUUCCUGGUGGCAAUGGCCUCCAACAUCAGAUACCUCAACCUGGUGCAGGAGGAGAGCAGCAGCUUCGGAGACGUGGUGCUGUGGGAUUUUGCCGAAUCUCAUCACAACCUGUCCCUCAAAGAACACUGCUUCCUCCAGUGGCUCCACAGCCACUGCCAGCAAGUGACAUUCGUCUUCAAAGGGGAUGAUGAUCUCUUUAUGAACCCAAGGGCCCUGGUUGGAUACCUCCAGCAGAGGCCCGACGCAGCCCGCUUCAUCCACGGCAACAUCCAGUGCCAUUCACCAGUGAUGAGGUUCGGGAAGUAUGACAUCUCUACCACCCUCUACCCUCAGAACCGCUACCCCUGCUUUGCUUCCGGUGGGGGGUUCAUCGUGCCCGGCUCCAUGAUCCCUGCUCUCUACCAGACGUCGCUGCGGCUGCCGGUCUUCCCCCUCGACGACGUGUACUUCGGGUUCCUGGUUCUGGCCGCCCGCCUGUCCUUCAACCACGACCAGCGCUUCAGGGUUUGGGGAGUGUCCAGGGACACACUCGAGGUGUACCGGGAGUCUUUCGUUAUUCACAGGGUCAGCCUGGAGAGGAUGGAGGAGGUGUGGACAGGCCUCUGGGGCUCCCACCAAGGGAAGGAGGGCUGA